CGUGUCCCAGGCGGCACCGUACCAAACGGCGUACAAUCGUGUCGUACCGCCACCAGCACACAAUGCCUCCAGUCGGCAGGUGCGCAACACACCGCUUAGCAAUAGCUCGCCGUACGCGUCCAAGGACAGCACGACCAGCACUGAGCGAUUCCCGUCUUUUCCGUUGCAGGUUCUACCCACACAUCCGCUGCCCGCACACAUACAGUUUCCGACCGCCCAGUACGGCCAGUUUGGGCCCCUGAGUCCGGCUCAGAUCGCCAACAAGCACCAUUACGCCUGGUUCGGCGAGUAAAAAUCCAGCCGGUGGCCGACGUGUAAUCGCCCUCGCUCUUCGACAGCUGAAUGCUUCUUGUUCGUUUUGAAGGCAUCAUCACGCAUCCUGAUGAAGCUGGAAUGCAAUCAUCCGCUUGUUGUGUUUCGGUUUUCGCAACAUAAUCUCUCCACAUCGUCUUUAAUGAAAGAAUGUAGGAUACGGAACGAAGCUAUGUGGAUGCCGAACGCAGAAGUAUUAGCGUUGUAGUUUAUGAGGGCUUAUCGUUCGUCAGAAGUGCACUUUUUUCUUAUUUUCUCUUUAGUUUAUCUUUUCAUGCAUAGCGCGCAUAUCGAUUUUCACGAUCUUCACAUCGUGUUUUUUCUUGGUAGCGGUGUCGGAGAAUUGAUUAAAAAUUACAUUAUGUGUAGAAUGGCUUUUUUUUCGUCACUGCGCACACCUGCAUGUGCGGUGAGCAACUUUUGUUUUGUGUUUUAGUUAUGUUUUACAUACCAAUUGUUUGAAUACGUCCAUACACAUCAAUGUAUGCUGCUUUAGUACAGUUUACGUAGUGGAGUUUUGUUUCUACUAAUCUUUUCAUCCCUUACUUCUCUUGUCAUAUUGUCUUCUAUUCAUUAUAAACAGUUGAUUGAAUGAAUUGAUUCUGUUCCAGCUGUGUUGGAAGACGUUUCUCUAUCAAAAGCUUUCUAUUUCAAAAUCCUGGCAUUAGUCUAUCUUUGAAACGAAAAAAAAGGUUAAUGUUGAACAUGUACUAGAAAAUAGAUUGAUAUGUAUGUGUGUGUGUGUGUCUAUCUGUCUGAUAGUGAACGUUAUCAAGUUGUACUACGUUACUUGCUGAGUAGUAUUAUAACUGUCCAUGCACCCGCAUAUAGUCAUUUUCUAUGUAUUUUGAGGUUUUGCAGAUAUAGGUCGAAAUUGUUUUCGAAUACUUGGCAGCUGUUUAACAAUGAACAACAAUUGUGCAGGAUUGAAGGUAUCCGAGCGCGGGAUAGAAAUUGGAAUUAAUCGUUAAUGAUUGUACAGACACCGUGUUGGGAGUGAAAAGAAAAAGAUAACUAGAAUUAGGUUAAUGUUUACUAAUGUUUCAGUGUUUCACAUAGUAAGAACUGAAAGGGAAAAUGGGUCUAUAAUGCAUUGCUAGUUUUGUUUCAAAUUAUUGUUUUAUUAUUAGUUCAAGCGUAUCUUACCUUCAUACAGCUUUAGUUCAAUCAUGUAAUUGUAUAGUUUUAUUUUAGUGAGAACAAGUGUGGCAUUGAAGAAAAAUCACGGUUAAACGACUGAACGAAAGGUACACGCGAGCCAUGUAAGGUUGUGUAUCUAUAUUGCUAGAAACCUUCGCAUAAGGCGCGAUUGCGUUUUUGGGGUAGGAUUGCGGUAGUUAUCUUUCAGUAAUAUUUGUAUAAAUGAAAUUGGGCGUAAAAGCGUACAGUGCUUUAGUGCGUGAAUAUUGGAGAACAUUGUGUUACUUUCUAAUUUAAUGUCAAAACCCUUCUUGUCUUUUGGAUCCUGUUUACAUUCGCCAUAAGAGCAUAACGGAAGUAAAUGUAGCACUGAAUGCGUAUAUGAAGCCAGGCAUAUAGUAAUAGUAGGCGCACGUAAUGGAAAGGGUUGGUACCUGUUGAACAAUUACUAAACAACUAUUAACCACAACAGCAAACGUAAACAGCGUGCGUCGCUUGCGUUGCGCCAAUUAAAUUCACGCUCGUCUUUGUAUGUAAAUGUUCUUUAGCGGCUCAAACACACGGAGGUGGAGCAAACAUAAUAAUACGCAUUUAAGCAUUUUGGAAACAAAAACGAAAAGAGCAAAUCAGAUGGUAGGCAACAAGAUUGUGUUUGGAAGUCGGUAAUAGUUUAAUCAUAAAAUAAUCUUUUGUGAUUUUUGUUUAAUUUUUUUUAUAUUGUGAAGCAAUCGGUAUAACGUUUGUAAAAGUGUUUUUCUUUGCCGUAGGAGUACGUUUGAGUUUGGAGACCAGCUUUAUAUGAUAUGAAUUGUGUUGAACGUUUUGGCUGGUUUUUAUUAUCCUUGCGUGCCUAGUUCAACGCUAUGGGAAACUAUCCUAUAAGUUCAAACCGGUUUUGAGUUCAAAUUUAAAACGUACGAGGACAUAGCUGCUGCUAAUUCACAUUGCCAGUAAAGUUUCUUGACGUCUCUGAAGGGAAGCUUUACCCGAAACACAUGCGUGGUCAAAAAAUAUGAAAAUUAAAUGAAGUUUCGUACAGAUGUAGAUUCUUCUAAUGUCCUGUUUAGUUGAACGUUCUGUAUUAAUUAAUUAACAAUCUAUUUUAAGAUGUGUGAAUAUGUCGGAUCAUCUGCCAGAUGUUUAAUCGAUAACAAAUCAAUACAUAAAAUUGCCUUACGUACGGAACAAAGCAAAAACAAUUAAAACUAUAUUAAGUCUUACUACAGCGGGAUGGUUGGUUGGUGAAGAAGUUAAAGAGGGUAAUUUAUAAGUUAGCUUUGCGUUAACAGUGCAACCCAAUUUGAAUUCAAUCCCCCCGGUAUACGGAACUUGAUGGGAUAUAUGUUGCUACUAGUGCGAUCCCAUUUGUCCGGUUUGUCGCAAUAUAGAAAUUAAAUUCAUUUUAAACCUUCUCAUUCAGCACCGGAAACGAGUGGGACAAGUUAUCGUAUUAACGUAAAGCAUCAAUGCAAGUAAUGCCCUCUAUGUGUCGUGGAUGGGUGUCUGCAUUAGCUGCAUUUGGUGAAAGCUACCAAGCAAAACGGAUACGCUUCUUCAUUUAAUUAUUGUAGAAGAUACUAGCAAUGCUUGGAAUAGAAGAAUGUGUGAACAAGAGGAAGAACCACUACACGAUACAAUGAUUAAUUUGACAGCGCGUUUCGCUGAUAUCAAUUUAAGAUCUCUUUAUCGGUUGCUCCACACAUUAUAAUGUAAGAUCUCUAUAGGUUUCUGCGUGACUUUGUCCCACUAGUUUCACUAAUUGGCCAGCACGGAACACGCAGCUCUAAACAUAAAAAACGGGCUUUAGCUUAUUGCAUGAUAGAAAUUAAUGGUUCAUGAAAGGCAAACAAACAAAAAAGCACUGUUGUAAGCAGAGUCAGACUGUAAUAGUUUAUGUUUUCCUAAGAUGUAAGGGCUAAAUAGAUCUAUCGUAGCGUAACCGCAACUAAAAUGCACUGUGGAAUGGUAUCUUAUCGAGGUUUUACAUGAUUAAUUUUGUUUUCGUUUUUGUUUUUUUUUUAAUUUACUCAACUAAGAAACUCACAAACAAACAAACUAAUCAAUUUAUAGAGAGACUGGCUAUUACAUACUACAUUAGCUUAUUGUGUUAAGGUUUUUAUCGUUUACUUUUCGUUCUCAUGUACUACGUAUUCGUGUAAUUUUCAAAGUGUUAGGUAUGGUUCAUUGAUAUUGGAAGGCGUUCACAACUCUACUUAGAUUGGGGCUAAACAGCUAGUACCAACAUCGAUUACCGCUCGGUUUCGGUUGUUUUGAAAAUGCUUUUCCAUUUCACGAUUAACCCUCGUGAAAGGAUACUCUUUGUACAGUUUUCUUUACGUUCGACGUCACCUUUACGCAGGCCUGACUCGCGUUUAAUGUUUCUUCUCUUUUUUUUUAAAAACUUUAUUAAUGUUAGCUGUUUUUUCGGCAGCAGUAUUCAUAACUAUUCAUAUAAUAUUCACGAGAUUAAAUCGGUAGUAUCGCAGGUGUAGCAACCAGCAUAUGGUCAAUGGGGUGGACAAAAAAAUGUUUGAUAUUGCGUAUGUAACUAUUCUGAAUACGGUUCGUUUUAUUUCUUAAUUUUGUGCUUACAUUGUCUACACAAAUACUACGUUUAUAUUAAAAGGCAGCAUCAGCAGUUAGCAGAAGAAAUAAAACGAUGAUAUACCUGAUACGGGAUUAUAACAAUAAAAACAAAACUAGGAAACACUGUAGAACAAAACACCAACCGCCAAUAUUAAGCUCGUUACACGGAGACGUAGGAGCAAAAUAGUGUGCAAACAGCAUGGUCAGAAUUAACGGUUGAUUUACGUAUAUUCGUGUUUUGUACUUUUUGCCCCAAAAGUAUUGGGUCGUUUAUAUAUACAAACAUAUAAAUCAGUUUGUAAACUGGUCAUACAAUUUAUGAAACAUUGCUUUUCUCUAAAUAUUGCACACUAGCCAUACCGAUAAUCAUUGUAUCGUUAACACAGGAACACAUUUAAAUUGCAACAAAAAAAAAAUAUCCCUCCACCCUCAGUUUGUGGGGGGUAAUUUUGGGAGUGCAGCAAAAACUGCUCCAUCUAUAACAAUCCCUAUAUGAUCGUAUAAUACACUGGUCUAACCGAGCUCAAGCGGGUGGCACUUUUUUUCGUCAAGGUUGCUCUUACGAUUGUUCGGAUGCAAAUAUUUUACGAUUGUUAGUUUAUUUUUCUUUUCCUUUUUCUUCGUAUACUUGAAGACAGUUUUUUGUAUGAUAUAAGUAACAUAUUGCCUUAUAUGGAAAUAAUAUGACACUACAAGAAAUGAAAAUAAUCAAUACGAUUUGAUAUAGCUAUCGGUUUUCUAUAUGCCCUCGAUAAUAAAAAAAAAAAAACAAGAAAAACAUAUGUAAACAAACCGCGCAUACGUGUAAACAGUUGAACAAGAUAAUUUUAAAACCAUUUGUGAAGAUGAAAGCCUAGACACCUACUACUAUCACUUAGAGAAGAAACUUUUUUUUUCAAUGGGAAGAUACAUACAGAUACUAAACAAACACAAAAAAAACAAGCAUAAGAGUAUAAUGUAAUGGUAUAAUGUAUAACAACUACACGUUUAUAUAUAUAUGCAUAUAAAAGUUUAUGGUAACGAAACGCAAACAAGCAAAACAACAAAACUCUCUGCUCCAUGCAGAUGAAUAAAGUCAAACGAAAAAAGUGAAAAAAUCAUUACAAAACGUAAA